CCUCGGUCCCUGUCCUUCGGAAGGGUACCGGCUGCUGUCGCUCCCUGUGAAAACGAAGUUCUGAAGGAGGAAGCAGAGGGAUAUAAUGAGUGUGGCACUUUGAGGCGCAAAGUGCCGAGUUUCCGGUUUGGGAGUCGGACCAUGGAUACUGACCCCGCGAACGACGGCUUUUGUUGAGUUUUCGUCAUCCGUUCCUUGCGAGGGGUCCGCAGGUCUUCCCUCGUGCUUCUGGUUGGAACGCGGGUUUCCUCCGUUGUUCGUAUCUUCAUAAACGCCAUACCCUCGGAAUCGUUGCCGGGGCAUGACGGCUCUGGGCCAUGACUUCCCCCGCCGUGGCCAGGAUCACCAUCACGAUCAAUUCGCCAUCACCAUCCUCUCGAUCUUCGCCCUCUUGGCCAGCGUCUGUUUCCGAGUCACCUUCUUCAGACUCGCUACUCUCACUGUCGAGUUCCAUCGGCGCGAGAGCGUCCAUUCUCAGUGCACCAGACAAGGGACCAUUUGCAGCCGAGAGCUUCACCCCGUAGCCUGACCCUGUUUGUCUCUUCCGGCGUGUUCCUCACUGCCUUGCCGAAUUCAGCGUGCACGCUGAUUUCACCACGCUCAAGAUCACCCAGCAGAGCCCGAGCAGCAAAUUUGUGGACCGUGGUGUUUGGCGCUUGCAAUACGGAAACGGGCACCCGCAAGCUUUUCUCCUGGGGGCCCGGGCUGAACAUAGUGAAUCUCAACAGCUCGAGGUUUGGUAUGUCCGUGAUGUCUUAGGAGGGCAAGGACCCGGUUCAUCAGGAACGGGCUGAGUUCAAUAUGUCGUGAUGUGAUUGCAAAACUUCAUGGGGGAGCAAUUCUCAAAAUUGAUUGUGUGAUCAGCGAGAAGCCAGUGCAGCUGUUCUGGGGAUCGGAAAUUGUAUGCUGCGGGGAGGUUCUCACAUCCUUUCGUCGACAGCGGCCCUCAAUUCAAUAGUAAUG